UGGUACAUUCCCUUCCCCUCCCCUCUCUAUUUUCUUGGAUUCUGAUUCACUUUCUUGGAUCUGUUUCACUCUCUCAGACUCAGUUUUCUGAUACUUCUCUCAUCUCAACAAUAAUUUCAUUAAAAAAAAGCCAUAUAUAUUAUUUCCAUAGAAGAAGCUUAACCAAGGAUGCAUCUUCCUCAUAGUACACUCAAGCAAGAGUUUGUCAAGAAAUGGAUAAUGGGUCUUCAAAGAUGCAAGUUUUCAAACAAGAAGAUGAGUAUCUUUGAGAGAAAAAAGGCCAUAAAGUUAUCAGCUGAUACAGCCAUGGCGUCUGCAAGAAAGGGUCUAACCUGUUGGAGCCGAGCACUCAUUUCGAACCCCGACCGGCCGGUGCCGACAACGACGAGACGAGCUUCGUCGGCGUGUAAGAAGAUUGUGAAAAGGAGCCGUAGGAUCCGAAGGACAGCAAAAUGUGGUGCUGCCCGAAAGGGACAAAUAACAAGGUCGAUUGCUCAAUGUCUGGUAAGGAAAAGAACACAGAUUUUGAAAAGUUUAAUACCAGGUGGAGAGUUUAUGAAUGAAGUGUGUUUGAUUGAAGAAACUUUAGAUUAUAUUACAUCUCUUAGAGUUCAAGUUGAUGUAAUGAGAAGCCUUGCUAGUGCUUCAGCUAGAGCUAGUGAACCCCAUAAUUAAGAGCAUCAAUGGUGUUUUAUUAUUAUGAUUUGGUAAGGGUAUGGGUCGGUUGAUAUUAACUGAAUAUUUUAAUAUAAACCCUUUGCAACUCCGUCAA